AUGGCGGCGGGUGCGCAGAUCUCUGACGCGGAAACUACUUUAAUUGAAAAUAGUGCUAUUGUGUCGCUGACUACCGAGCGCCAGCACUAUGACUCUGAGCCCAAUUUACACCUACUAUCAACGAAUGUGACGGAAAGAAAAAAGCGAAAAUUUGACGGAGACGAUUCCGAAAAUUUUAUGGUCACCAUAAAGUAUAUGUUCGAUGCGUUUUCUAAAGAACAAAAUAAGCGUUUUCAGGACCUUCUUGUAUCUGUAAACUGUAUAAGGGAACAGAAUUCGGAACUGACAAAAUCUGUCGAAACAAUGUCUUCGAAGUAUGAUGAGUUUCUGUCUCGUAUUAAACAUCUCGAAGAUGCUAGAAAAGAAGACAAAAAAUAUGUUAGCAUACUAGAACAGAGGCUGGAAACCCUGGAACGAAAAUCACGAGCAUCGGGUAUUGAAUUACGCAAUAUACCGAAAACUAUAACAGGUAAACCUGAAACUAAAUCGGAUCUGUGUCAAUUAACACAGCUAAUGGGAAAGGCAAUUAAUAUUGAUAUAAGGGAAUCUGAUGUAAGGGACAUUUACCGCAUAAAUUCCAAGGAUUCCUCAAAUCCGAUCAUUGCGGAGUUUACCUCUGUUCUUGUAAAAGAAAAAAUACUGUCAGCUGUAAAAAGUUUCAAUAAAAAGAAACAAAAGGGAGAAAAGUUGAAUACAGGACAUUUCGGCACAGUUGGUCCUAUCAAGCCAGCUUUUGUUACUGAAACCCUCACGCAACAAACACAAAAGAUAUUUUAUUUGGCUCGAACAUUUCAGAAAGAACAUGGAUAUGAUUUCUGCUGGACUUCAAGAGGAGUUGUUUAUCUUCGUAAGAAUUCAAACUUAUCUCAGAUUAAAAUAGAGUGUCAGGCAGAUUUGGAUAAGUUAAAACAACUGAAAUGA